AUGUCACAACCGUUGUGCUCCUGUUGCGAGCUGCUAGGAACACCUCCUGGACGAGUCAAUUUUAUAAUUAUUACUGGAUUACCAUGGAAUUCUAUACGCUAUUGCAUUCGUCUGUGGUUACUUGGGCGUGGUACGAAUCGUAUUCAUAUCAACAAUCGUGUUGAUUUAACAGAUUAUCAAUCGCUUGCCCGCAUUGAUGACCAACUGUUCAAACCAACUGAUUCGUCAUUAUCAAAACGAAUUCGAUCAAUAUUACCAGGUCAAAAGUGCUGUCAUGGAUAUUCAUUGACUUUAUUAGAGGGAUUCGAUAAGACAGAUUCAUUUGUCUGGGAUCAAUUCAAGCAAGACAUUCUUUGUCAGCUAGAAGUAAAAACAAAAGCUGAAGAUAAUAUAGCGGACACACGAGCUGAGCCAGUCAGCUGGGUGAUUAUAGAUGAUAAGAGAUGUAUGGAACGUGAACAUCUUAAUUUUUUUCUCCAACUUAAAGAUCAUCACGCACCAUUAUUGAGUUAUACCUUUACAAUCAUCUGUGUGAUUGGUGAUGAAAGACAACUUUUUCAAAAUUGUAUCCUUGAAUGUGUCAAUUGUCAUGAAUACGAAUCGUCAGUAUAUCCAGAUUAUCAGCAUCGACUUCAAGAUUUUCUAGAAAAUUUUAAUGCAUCAUCGACACUUCAAGAUCGUACUUUCUUUAUCGAACAAAGUGAAGCAUCGAAUAGCGAAAAACUUCGAGCAUUACUACUCAAUCUGCCUACCAAAGUCUCCGAGUAUGGUACUAGGACAGAAUUAUUUCGACAACACGUGGAAAACAUGUUAUCACCGUCUCGACGUACAGUUCACGAUAUAAAUGUUUUUCGUUCGAGUACACGAAAACAAUUCGAAAAGGUUACAAGUGAGCAAUUAGAGUCAGUUUUUAUCAGUCUUCAAAAUUCCACUACGGCUGAAUCUGCUGUUCGUAAAAUUGCUCGUACUGUAUUAAUUAAGUUUAAGUGCAUGAGCACUGAGCAACGACGUUUCUAUGAACAAAAGCUAAUUUGUGGCUUUGACUCGAACGAUGCUCAAAAAUCACAUACCAUAGCUGCACAACUGACUCGUUACGCACUGCAGUUAAUUAGCGAGCCACAAAAUACAGCCAUGUCAUUGAUAUAUGACAUCAUUCUAGUAAUAUGCACCCUAGGAAAACAUCGCCACUUCUGCCAUGAAUUAUUCAAUAAUACAUCAGAGAUCUUUAUACUGAGCAUGUCACUCGUUUGUCAACGUCAAUACGCUCUUGUACUCUCUGGACUUCGACUCUGUAAAACGAUUUUGGAUGGCGAUAGACUUGAGCAUAAAUAUGCCAUUUCUUAUUUGAGAUAUGAUAAAUUUGCUUCGCGUAAAAUAAUGGAUGCGAUCGAGUGGCUAUUAACGCCCUAUCAAGCACUCAAGGUUCAAUGGGAGAAAGAGGAUGAGUAAGUUCGAUUUUAUAGUGUACUUGUGCAAGUGUUCUAUUUUAGAAACAAUGAUUCAUAUGAUCAAGAACUGUCACCAAAAGUUGAAGAAAGUCAAUGCUUGCAACAUGCAGCUAUUUUGGUUGGUCAUAAGUAUAUUCAAUGUCUCGGUUCAUUAUUGUACGGAUCCGUUGAACAUUGCGCUCAAAUUACACUUGACCAUGUCAAUCGGCUCGUAGACACAAUCGACACAUUAGUCGAUAAUCGCCUAUCUCAUUGUAUGCCUAAUGAAAAACCCUUCACUUUAAUGCUUGUCAGUGAUUUAUGUACCAUUCUGUGUCCUAUCAUACAGUAUGGUUUAUGUGAAGUUUUCGUGGCAUUAAGAUGCAAAACGAGUCUACUGAAAGCUAUUCCCGAGGCUAUUCGAUUUCUUUUACAUUACGGAAAAGAAUUUGCAGACCCGUGUAUUCGCUUCUAUACGAUGUUCAUGCGCUCUAUAUUCAAAGAUUGGAAAGUUGGAUACGUUACAGAAACUGAACAGUUCGUUACACUGCCAAUCAUGAAUAACGUUGAGUCGACCACCCUUCUGAAUACAAAUAGAACAGAACCAAAACUCACACGAGAUAUCACCUUAACUCUUAAUCAAGAUUUGAUUGCGUCCUAUUUUGAGUUGCAUCGUACAUAUCAGGAUAUUUUAUUGCAAGCAGAGAAAUCAACAAUCGAUGAAACAGGAAAGUUCUUGAAUAUGGAAUGGGAGACGUUUAAUCGAGUGGAAUUGAAACUUGAUCAUGCACGGCUCAAACAGAAAAAUGACUCUUUGCAAGAGGAGAUCUCCGAGCUGCGUGAUGAACUUGAACGAACACGAUCACAGCGUGAUCAACUUCAAUUACAAAGUAUCGAGCUGGCCCGUUCAAUAAAUGAAGUCAGGCUGAUAUCUCUAGCAAGCUCGAGAGUACCAUCACAAUCUUCUGCACUGCCGGUUUCAAGCACCGAAAGGCACGAAGAGAGUAUGAAUCUCGAGUUAGAGAAUCUGUUGCCUCACAAAAUCACUAAAGAACAAGCAAAAAGCUUUAUUCAAGAAAUUUAUCAUCGACGAGUGACAUUCAACGACAAUGAUAUGCGAAAAUCUAUCUGCGGAUCUCUUAAACAUCUUGGUUCCGAUUUGUACAGUUCACCGGUUCAUUUUCUGCAUGAACUCAUUCAAGUAUUGAGUGAAGGUCAUAUGUUGCUCUUUUCAGUUUGUAUGUUUAGAAUGCCGAAGACAAUAUUUAUGCGCCAACAGUUUCACCGCGUUUAAGAAUUGUAAUCGAUCAUGAUUUUAUUCUUCUGUCGAAUAAUGAGCAAGGUUUGCGUGCAUGCGACAUCUCAGCUAUAUGCAGCUUGGCUGUGAGCACAAAACAACUCAACGAACAUAUUGGAGAAAAGGGUGUCGGUUUCAAAUCUGUAUUCGCUGCUUCAAAUCAGCCAACACUCAUUUCUCAUGCUUGGAAAUUUGCCUUUCACGUACCAGGAUCUGAUGAAAUGUCAUACAUUACUCCAGUGUGGAUAUCUGACGAUGCUAUGCUCGCGAAAAUACGUGAUCGCAUUGAGAAUGAACCGCUUGAUACCUAUCUUUAUUUACCACUUAAAUUGCAUCCCUUCACACCUGAAGCUGAAGAAUUUCUCGAUCAGGUAGCUCAAACGGUCGACCCAUGCAUUCUGAUUAAUUUGCGUAGACUAGAAAAGUUGGAAAUAGUUGACGAACGAAAGAGCCAAACAUUGCUUGUUACGAAAAAAGUUAUCGUAAUGGAGCAGAAUCAAUGGCACGAAUGUACGAUAUUUGAAGGUUUUACAUUCACAAAUCUGACAGAAUCACUAGUUCAGUUGCAAAGUGGGUCAAAACAAAACAAUUUCCGAGUUUACACCACCAAUAUUAUUAUUCCAACUAUAAUCGAACAGCGAAGUACUACAGCAACAACAACUCGAAUCAUCCUGGCAUUUCCAUGUGAAUCAGAAUAUGAAUUGACCUACAAUGUUUAUGCAGGAUUACCUGUUUGCAAUCUUGGUUUCAAUUUUCUUUUCAAUGCGGAUUUUCAAUUGGUUACCAAUCGAGAGAGUGUUCGCGAGAAUGUACCUUUCAAUGAAUUUAUUCGUAAUCAUCUCGCCAUACUCUUCGUCUAUUUACUAUUGAACGAUAGCAAUAUUAAAAAAAAUAUGAAUCAUUAUUGUCCAUCGGACACAAAUAAUCAGAUAAAACAUUCACCUUGGUGGUUGCACAUGGUGGAUAGAAUCAACGAACUCAUCACGAAACAUUUUUCAACAUUAUUCAGCAUUCCUUCAGGUAAGCUGGAAACUUUGCUUGGUAUCCACAAUGCCUUUGAUCACUGAUGAUUGUCUAGAUAAAUCAAUUCGUCGAAUCAAUGCUGAUUUAGCAUCACUUGUGUCAAAAAAGCAAUUAUUUGAUUGUGCCGAUAUUCAAAUCAUCUGUAAAGAGGAUAGUAUCUUGACUGAUGAACGACUCAAAACAUUUCAAGUCAAGCCUGUCUCUAUUGUUGAUGUAGUCAACUGCUUUCCAAAUCAAGAGAAUCAAUCAAAUGAGUCUUGUCAAAAGUUUUGGCAUUGGGCUCAGGAAAAAAAUGUAGAUUGGUGGAGUACAUUCUAUCAACACAUCGAUCAAUC